AGCUGGAGCUGGAGCCCGGGCGAGCGGCGGAGAGCUCCCGCCCGCGGGACUUGGCGGCCGGCAGCCCGCGCCACACGUGUCCGGGGCUGGGAGAGGCAGGCAGGGCUGGCCGGCGCGGGGAAGGGGCUCCCACCCGAGCUGCAGCCGCACCCCCGCCUUCCUCGCCUGCCCCCGCCUCCUCCUCUCGCUCGCUCUGCGUCCCGGGGAAGAGCCCGCGGCCAUGGGGGAGGCUCCGAGACGCCGGGAGCUUUGAACGUCGGGGAGCUGUGGAUCUACCGAGCCAGCAGCCCUGUCCUCGGAGCUCCAGGCACGCGUAUGGCUUGAAGGGUGAAGUUGGAACCUGGCACCUUUCACCUUCAUGGAUCCCCUGAACCUGUCCUGGUACAACAAUGAGAUUGGCAACAGGAACUGGAGCAAGCCUCUCAAUGGGUCUGACGCAGAGCAGAAGCCUCACUACAACUACUACGCCAUGCUCCUCACCCUCCUCAUCUUCGUCAUUGUCUUUGGCAACGUGCUGGUGUGCAUGGCCGUGUCCAGAGAAAAAGCCCUUCAGACCACCACCAACUACCUGAUCGUAAGCCUGGCUGUGGCAGAUCUACUGGUAGCAACGCUGGUGAUGCCCUGGGUGGUCUACCUGGAGGUGGUCGGGGAGUGGAGAUUUAGCCGGAUCCACUGUGAUAUCUUCGUCACUCUGGAUGUUAUGAUGUGCACUGCCAGUAUCCUCAACCUCUGUGCCAUCAGCAUCGACAGGUACACGGCAGUGGCAAUGCCAAUGCUCUACAACACCCGCUACAGCUCCAAGCGCAGAGUGACCGUCAUGAUUGCCGUGGUCUGGGUCCUGUCGUUUGCCAUCUCCUGCCCACUUCUGUUUGGACUCAACAACACCGACAAGAAUGAGUGUAUCAUUGCCAAUCCCGCCUUUGUUGUGUAUUCCUCUAUCGUCUCCUUCUACGUCCCCUUCAUUGUCACCCUGCUGGUGUACGUGCAGAUUUACAUAGUACUCCGGAAGCGCCGGAAGCGCGUCAACACCAAGCGCAGCACUCUUGGCCCGGACUCUGACACGCAGGCCCCGCUGAAGGACAAAUGCACUCAUCCAGAAGAUGUGAAGCUCUGCACAGUCAUUGUCAAGUCCAAUGGGAGCUUCCCAGUUAAUAAGCAGAAAGUGGAGGCAGUGAAUCACGUGGAAGAGAUGGAGAUGGUGUCCAGUACCAGCCCCCCCGAGAAAACCAAACACAAGCUAGCACCUCCAAGUAACCACCAACUCGUCGUGCCAGCCACUUCCAACCAGUGUGUUAAUUCCACCCUGCAGUCCCCCUUGAACAGCCCCGUGAAAGCAGAGAAGAACGGGCACGCCAAAGACAACCCAAAGACAGCCAAAGUCUUUGAGAUCCAGUCCAUGCCCAACGGCAAGACUAGGACCUCCCUCAAAACCAUGAGCAGGAGGAAACUCUCUCAACAGAAGGAGAAGAAAGCCACCCAAAUGUUAGCUAUAGUGCUCGGUGUUUUCAUCAUAUGCUGGCUCCCCUUCUUCAUCACCCACAUCCUGAACAUACACUGCAAUUGCAACAUCCCCCCGGCCAUGUACAGCGCCUUCACCUGGCUCGGGUACGUCAACAGCGCGGUCAACCCGAUUAUUUACACCACCUUCAACAUCGAGUUCCGGAAAGCCUUCAUGAAGAUCCUCCAUUGCUAAGACUACACUCAGCCUGAGAAGAAAAACCUAUACCACGCAUGCACGCGCCCAUGCACGCCAGGCAAGCAGGGAGUCACAAGGAGGCCGAGUGUUUUUGUACAGGGCUGGGAGCCCACAGUGUUAAGACAGUGCCAUAUCCAUGCGGCUGGGAUGUAAUGAGAGGCUUCGAGUGGGAGGAUCUCUCCGUCCCCAGGUGACCUUUGGACUCUGAGAGGUCACUCCAAAGGGCACUUUUCAAGAGCUACCCUCACACUGUGUUCAAAGAAGCAGAAGCAAAAACAAAGACACGCUCAUUUGAUACCUGCCUGUGGCCAACUGACCUCGAGUGCAUUAAUUACUGACAUUAGCAGAGCCAACGGCAGGUGGUGAGCGGUCACGGCUGCCAGUUGCUCAUGUGUUAACGUCACUGAUACAACUCUCACCAAAGACGCCGCCAUCUUUCUCGCUUUGCAAUAGGAGCCAGACGGCUGGAGCUCACGGGAACUACAUGCAAUAGCUUUGCCUUCACCUCCAGCUGACCUGUUCAGUAUCAAACUGCUGAGGCCUUCAGACCAAGACUUAGCAAGGCCCCAAGUGGGCUAAGAAGGUUUGUCACCUACAGAUCUGAUUCUUACAGUCCUAUGGGUCCACAGGAAAAUGGGUGCCAAGAAGAAGGGCCGUGUGAGUCACGUGCGACACCGUACCGCCCAUGUAAAUAUGAAUAAAUAGGAUGAACUGAACUGAAGCCCAAGCCAAAAAAUAAAUAGGGAGAAAAUUAAAGAAACGUUACCUUGUCUUGCAUGGUACACACGCUGAUUCAAGGGUACCGCUCAUCACCGCUCAUUACCCAGCCCGGCAGCAAGUCCUGCUCACCAGCGUUUCCAUCUCCUGUCUCGUUGCAGGUUGUUGUGCAAAACGGAGUGAGGAGCAACAGUGGUGCAUCCCUGGUGUGAAGUCAACAGAGCGAGACAGCAAGGCUGUAUGCCGCUCCUGUAUAGCACAGGUGGGGUUUUCCCCCUCUUUGCUUCGCUUUGAAGAAAAAAACAGGGAAGGCAGGAAGAGCAGCUGUCGUUCAUGGGCAGUCCUGCCUCCCCCCUUCCCUAGGGCUCUGGGGGAAGAGUGAAAGCAAUGCCCUCUCCUGAGGUUUUAAGUUGCAGACAUUUUAUGAUGGCAUCUAACCAUCUCUAUUAACGAUGAUAGUCUUUCACCACGUCGUUAUAAAAACGAGCAAGCAAGACCGCAAGCCACUCACUCAUGCUGAGCAGCAAUUUAUGUCAUGAUCCAUCCCAGUGACUUGUAGGGAAUGAGUCUUGAAAGUAUCUGUUCACAAAGGGGCUUUGCAGUCUGACUCCUGGUGUUCUGGGGAGAGCAAAGGGCAAGGUUCGGAGAAGAUCUGCAGCUAGACACGUUGGACUCUAGGACGGUCUGGGAAAAGAGGGUUUUUUCCUGUUUGAAUGUUUCCAGCACCCCUUGCCCCUAAUCUCUGUGCUUCAUGGUUUAAACAAAUUGAGAAGCCGUCACCAACAUCUCACCAAGCCGAAACCAGGCUGCCAAAUCCAUGCUGUAAUUACCAGUUGUACCCAGUUCACAAUAUAUUUUGUAAUAUCUCUGUAAAUAAAAUACAGCAAAAUGAAUAAAAUGACAUGGAAACGGG